UAAUUCGAAUCGAAGCAAAAGAGUGGAUUUUUUCGCAAAAGUCCAGUGAAAGUCGUAAUUGUGCUGUCGGUGUUUGCUCGAAUAACAGUCUCGUGUUCCUCUUUGCUAAAAAGUUUUAAUUCUUUUCCAAUUCAAAUAAAAUAAAAAACUUAUUACAAAAAUGGCUCCACCAUCAUACUCAGAUCUUGGCAAACAAGCCCGUGAUGUUUUCGGCAAGGGUUAUCACUUUGGUUUGUGGAAAUUGGAUUGCAAGACCAAGACCUCAUCUGGUAUUGAAUUCAACACAUCCGGUCAUUCAAAUCAAGAUUCUGGAAAAGUUUUCGGUUCAUUGGAAACCAAAUACAAAAUCAGUGAUUAUGGUUUAACAUUGACCGAAAAAUGGAACACAGACAACACCUUGUUCACCGAGGUUGCUAUGCAAGAUCAGGGUGCAAAGGGAUUAAAGAUCUCAUUCGAAGGUACCUUUGCCCCACAAUCUGGCAACAAGAACGGCAAAUUCAAGGUCGCCUAUGGCCAAGAAAACGUCAAGGUUGAUUCUGAUGUCAACGUUGACUUGGCUGGUCCAUUGGUCAAUGCUGCUGCUGUAUUCGGCUACCAGGGAUGGUUAGCUGGUUACCAAACCGCCUUCGAUACCCAAAAAUCAAAGAUCACCACCAACAACUUUGCCUUGGGCUACACCACCAACGAUUUUGUCCUCCACACAUCUGUGAACGAUGGCCAAGAAUUCAAUGGUUCAGUGUUCCAGAAGUGCUCUGACAAAUUGGAUUGUGGUGUACAAUUGUCCUGGACAUCAGGAUCAAACGCCACCAAAUUCGGUCUCGGUGCUAAAUACCAAUUGGACAAGGAUGCCGCCGUCCGCGCCAAGGUUAACAACAAUAGCCAAGUUGGUCUCGGUUAUCAACAAAAACUCCGUGAUGGCAUCACUCUUACCCUUUCCACUUUGAUCGAUGGCAAGAACUUCAAUGCUGGCGGUCAUAAAAUCGGUGUUGCUCUAGAAUUGGAAGCUUAAAAAAGCUCACAAAAAGCAGUAGUAAAAAAAUAAACAGAAAAACAAACAAAAUUAAUGAUAAACAAAAAACUAUAAUGUUAAAAACACUAAUAAAAAACAGAAAAGACAGAAAAAUCAGUAUAAAGAGAGAAUUUAAAUUGUGAGAUGCGGGAGGGGUUAAUUAAAAAAAAAUAAUACCCAAACCUGGAACAGAGAGAAGGGAACUUUUUUGUUUGUUAAGACCUAAAGAAAAAAAUUUAAA